AUGGAUGAAAAACUUAUUAGAUGUUCUUAUCCAGAAUGGUGUUCUAGAUGUGGGGUUUUGAAUGUUACUGACAUUGAAGGAUUAGAAAUAAAUUCCUCAAAGUGUCUGAAAUUCUACGAUUACGACUUCCCCCUCGAGAUCCACUACCCUUUUGGGACUCAGGAACGAGGAAAGAGAUGUUGUGAAGGAACAAUAACAAUUUACUAUGCUGGAAAUUCAUCAGAGACACUGCGUGCCGAAGAGUUACAUAUUCCCUUAAAUAUAACAGAAAAGUUCAUAUUCAACUCAACACAACGAACCUCAACUGAGCUGGUUAAGCAAGAAAUUUCCAACUCCGUUAUAAACGUUUACCACCCCUAUUUCCCCCUGAUCCUCUCUGCAGCAGUAGGGGGCUUACUGGUGCUCCUUGUCUUUUUCAUUUUUCUCUCGGCGAGAAUAAGAACAAAGAAAUUAAAUCCAGGAUUCAGCAUGACAAAAAAUGUACAACUCGAUGUAAUUUUAAACGAUUACAACCCAUUUGAUACACCUCACGGAAACACAGAGCGAGUACCCAUUCAGUUCAACAGGGAUUCUCCAAUUACCUCAAGAGUAUUCAAUGAUCAGACCCAAAGGGCACCUGUCACAGAUACUUUGAUUCAGGAAAAUACACUACAUCGUCAGAAUAGAUCAACUACUCAGGUACAGAAAUUGGACAACAAUAUUCCACCAUCUGACCGACCAAUUUCAUCGGACGAAUCAAUUUACGUGAAUGAAAUGGGGGUUAUUUACGUAAAUACGGAUGAAACGGCGUCGUUGAAUGAUGAUGAACCAACGUACAUGAAUGUAAAUGAAGGUUAUCUCGAUUUAAAUGCCAUUAUUCCUCCUCCUUGCAGAUGCGCCUCACCCUCGUUUCCGAUUCUUUCUUUACUAUCUCAGAAGACAUGGCCAAGGAGAGGCCAGAGUAACAAUGACGACUCGACACUUCAUUCAUAUAUUGAAAUCAUUUAAAAACGGCUUUUCAGGGAGGGAAAAAUUGC